AUGGGCAUUGCGAAUCUAACCAAGCAUCUCCUCCCGUAUGCCGACUCGGUCGUGCUGGGAGAUACCGCUGCCGCCGGGGCGGAUGAGGUGUCUACGAUAGACGAAAGUGCCCGCGUGCGAUCGGUUGUCAUCGACGGGCCUAGUCUGGUAUACCAUGUAUACUAUCGGCUUCUUGCUUCGAUGAGUCCUGCUCACGAUGUAUUGGAUGUGCAGCCGACGUGCGAUGAAGUCAGCUGUGCCGUGGUGACUUGCUUGUCGGAGUUGACUCGACGGGGCAUUCAAAUACACAAAAUCUGCUUCGAUGGAGCAUUGCCCGUCUUUAAACGAGCAACCAGACUGUCCCGGAUUGAAAAAUCCAGGCAAAAGCUCGACGCGUAUCGUCGAAGAGUGCCGACAUCAAACAGAGAGUGGCGCGAACAAGCUUCUCUCCCACCACAUCAACUAUGGCAAGGUCGAACGCUUCCAGCUCGGUGGAAGAAUCUUCCCGAGAACCCGUUCAUGGUAUCUGCGGUGUUUGAAGAUCUGCGGACGCGGUGGGAUAGGGCGCAGAUUGCGCGAUAUACUCGCUGCAAUGCUGACGAUCUGCCAUGUGGAGAUUAUCCAUGGGGGGACUUGACUGUUAUGGUUUCUGGGGAGGCGGAUAUAGAAUGCGCAAAUGUGUCGAAGAUUACUGGAGCGGCGAUCUUGACGAAUGAUUCGGAUCUGAUUGUGCAUGAUCUUGGGUCAGAUGGCUCUGUGGUGUUUUUACACUCGGUGCAUUUGAUUGAUGAGGAUGAGACUGAAUCCCAAUUACAAUCGCGAUCAGAUCUGAGCCAAAGCUCCAAGACGAGGAUCAGCGCCAUGAGACUACAUCCAACAGAUCUGGCACGUCGAGUUGGGAUCCACGACAUACAGCUCUUUGCUUUCCACUUGAACGAGGACCCUCAGCUUGGUUUUGCAGAGCUGGUGCGUCGCUCAAAUCAAAAAGAAAGGCUGGUAUCCCCUAGUUACACGGAUUUCAUGCGCGAGUAUGAGCAGGUUGCUGAGGGCUCAGCUUCGGCGGUUCACUUGCUGGCCCUCGGCGACUUGGAUCCUCGUAUCUCGGAGUUGGUUUGGCAGUACCAACGUCUCGAUCUAUAUUGCAACGUAGGGAAUCCGCAUAUCUACCUUGGUAUACUCGUGGAAGACUCCACUCGGCGAUGCGCCUGGGGAUUCGGGACCUUCUAUCGAAUCCUGGGCUACUCUUUGCUGAACCAGGCUUACCAUUCUGACGCUCGGUUCUCCACUGUCAGCGAAUUCACACGUCGAGGUGCUCGUGUAUUCGCUGAGCAAGUGACACUCAGCGGCGCGGAAACUGCCCUUGCCGAUCUCAAGACGUUCCAAGACAGUCUGCAGCUUGCACGAGACGCAUUUGGUCCCGUCGACCCGUCCACGUUUUGGAUUAUGUUUGCCCUGGCUGACAUCUAUUGCGAUGUCGAUAAUCAAGCAUCGCUCCCAUGUGCAGAAAACCUGGAACGAUUCUUGACAAAAGGCUUCCAGGGAAAACGGACAGAAUGGAAGGAUAUUCACCUGUGCGCUCAAAUCCACGCGGUCCUGUACUCGCUUCGGAUUUUGCAGCAGUUGUUGCGAGUGCUGCCCGAGAGCAAAUACCUCUCAGAAAUGGACCGACGGGCCUUGGUGGAUCUACCUCCAUUACAUAUUCUCCUUCCGUCUCGCCAGGAGAUGGUUCGACGAUUCGAGGGUAAAGGGCGCGCUCGGGAUUUGAUUGAAAGCUUGUUUGCAACUUUUGGGUGA